AUGGGGCAUGGCGCCAGCUACUGCCACGAAGAAGCCUGCAGCUGCGCAGCGCCCGCGGGAAAGGCCCCGAAGGAAAUCGUGGAGGCGACGCCCACAUGCGACGAUCCGGAUGGCCAGAGGCAGCCAGUCGCCGAGCCUGGUGAGGAUGGGCAGCUGGACAUGAUCGCAGAAGUUGUCGGCAGAAGGGCAUCUCUGCAGGUGGACGAUGAAUCGAAACAUCUUCUCCGCGCUAUUCCUCUAGCGAGGGCGCUUCGCCGACCCAACCUCUGGCGCACCUCGCCCGUGGAUUUGGACCCUGCCUCUCGUGAGAGGCUGUGGGAAAUGUCGACCCAAGUGUCCUCAUUCGACGUGUUCAUUUCUCACACUUGGCAGACGUCUGGACUUCGGAAGUAUCUGUCCCUUCUGCUGCAGACUGGCUGGAAGGUGGCUACUCUUUCUGGCGUUACCGCCAUGGCUGCGGCUUUCAUUCUCGGCGCCACAUCGGUGCUCCCAUUGCCUUUCCAGAUAACGCCAUUGCAGUGGGACUUUGAGGAGGCGUGCCCUUUUGGGCCCUGGGGCUGUCUUUCCGGCAGCUUUGUCUCCCUUCUUGGGUUGUUCAUCUCCCCCCACCUCCCUUACCGCAAAUCUUCGAUGUGCUUCCUGGACAUCGUCAGCAUCAACCAGGUCAACCCAGAUCUCACCGAGAUUGGAGUUUAUGGAAUCGGAGCUUUCCUGAGUGUCGCAAAGGAACUGCGAAUUCUAUGGUCUGUACCAUACAUGUCCAGGCUCUGGUGUGUCUUCGAGAUCGCAGCAUACCGACGUGCGAACCCCCAGGGCAGGAUUGUCAUGGCACCCAUCUUUGUUGAGACCGUGGUAUUCUGCAUGUGGGCGUGCCUGAUGAUUUGUGCAGCGUGGAUUUGGAUGUCUGCAGGUUUCAUCCUGGGCGAGGGAGGCUUCUUUGUCAUUCUGGCUCUCGUGGUGGUUCUUACGCCCGUGUGCGUGGCGAUACACCUUCUGCGCCGCACGCUCAACAGCAAGCAUGUGCUCCUGGAAGGCCUUUCCACUUUCGAGCUCCAGCAUGCUCAUUGUCGACUAGAGCACGACCGUCUCUUCGUGCACAGGGCGAUCAACGACUGGUACGGCAGUGCUGAUGCAUUCACCGAGCACGUGCGAGGGCCCCUGCGGGAGGAGUUGCUAAAGUCUUCUUCAAACUUUACGGUUCCAGUGUAUUACUAUGCUCUUCUCAUGAUGCCGUUUGUGGGCGAGAGCCUGGAUGAGGUGCUAGCAUUGUACAUGGGAGGUGCUUCUUGGAGGAACAUCCUUGCCCAUCUACUGGCUCACACCGUCGGACUCUGCAUGUGGUACAGCAUGGCGCUCGAGCUCUGCGUUUUCAUGAGCUACCGCUGGGCGGCACCUUGCAAGCAAGUUUCCUCGAACAUCGGACAGACCGUCGCCAUCUUCUUGCUGCCAGCUCUUGUGAUUGGCUUUGGUUCUAUUGUUGGCCGUGCUUCAUUUCGCAGAGGCUUCGCUCAAAGCGUAGUCUUUUCGCUCUUCGCGGUGUCUGUAUCUACCUUCGUUGUGCGUCGUCUUCGCCGGCAGGUGCAGCUGUGCAAUUGCUGUUAA